GACUUUAAAGGCGCCGGGCCAGAGCGAAGGGCGUUUCGGUGCCGCCGCCGCCGUCGCCGCCGCCCGGGCCGGGGAGGGGGCGCGUUGGAAGCAGAAAGCGAGCUGCGCCGAGGUGGUCGCGGGAGCAGCUGGUGACCCGCGCAAGAUGAACCACAAGAGCAAGAAGCGGAUCCGCGAGGCCAAGCGGAGUGCGCGGCCGGAGCUCAAGGACUCGCUGGACUGGACCCGUCACAACUACUACGAGAGCUUCUCGCUGAACCCGGCGGCCGUGGCGGAUAACGUGGAAAGGGCAGACGCGUUACAGCUGUCCGUGGAAGAAUUUGUCGAGCGCUACGAAAGACCUUACAAACCCGUGGUUCUGCUCAAUGCCCAAGAGGGCUGGUCUGCUCAGGAGAAAUGGACCCUGGAGCGCCUCAAAAGGAAAUACCGGAACCAGAAGUUCAAGUGCGGUGAGGAUAAUGAUGGUUACUCAGUGAAGAUGAAGAUGAAAUACUACAUCGAGUACAUGGAGAGCACUCGAGAUGACAGCCCCCUUUACAUCUUUGACAGCAGCUAUGGUGAGCACCCGAAAAGAAGGAAACUUCUGGAAGACUACAAGGUGCCCAAGUUUUUCACUGAUGACCUUUUCCAGUAUGCCGGGGAGAAACGCAGGCCCCCUUACAGGUGGUUUGUGAUGGGGCCGCCACGCUCUGGAACCGGAAUUCACAUCGACCCUCUGGGAACCAGUGCCUGGAACGCCUUAGUUCAGGGUCACAAGCGCUGGUGCCUGUUUCCUACCAGCACGCCCAGGGAACUCAUCAAGGUGACCCGUGAAGAAGGAGGGAACCAGCAAGACGAGGCUAUUACCUGGUUUAGUAUCAUCCAUCCCCGGACGCAGCUUCCCACCUGGCCGCCUGAAUUCAAACCCCUGGAGAUCUUACAAAAACCAGGAGAGACUGUCUUCGUACCAGGAGGCUGGUGGCACGUUGUCCUUAAUCUUGACACCACCAUUGCCAUCACCCAGAAUUUUGCCAGCAGCACCAACUUCCCUGUUGUAUGGCACAAGACGGUAAGAGGAAGACCAAAGUUAUCGCGGAAAUGGUAUAGGAUCUUGAAGCAAGAGCACCCCGAGUUGGCGGUCCUGGCCGACUCGGUUGACCUUCAGGAGUCCACGGGGAUCGCAUCCGACAGCUCCAGUGACUCCUCCAGUUCCUCCAGCUCCAGCUCAUCCGACUCGGACUCAGAGUGUGAGUCCGGGUCUGAAGGGGACGGGACGACGCACCGCAGGAAGAAGCGGAGGACGUGCAGCAUGAUGGGAAACGGGGACACCACCUCCCAGGACGACUGUGUGAGCAAAGAGCGCAGCUCCUCCAGGAUUAGGGACACUUGUGGAGGCCGGGCUCACCCCUGAGCAAAGAGAGAGACUGUCCCUGAGGUGGUUCCUGCGUACGUGGUUGGCGGCCACCUGACUCAGUUUUCACGUCUUCUGCUCCCUCCUUCUCCUCUGUCUUCUUUGAAUUUGGAUCAUCCUUCUCUGGUCCAAGCUUCUGUCUUCGGUCAAAUGCUGUUUUCACUGCUUCCUAAGAAUAGAUGGCCAAGAAGUUUAAAAGCUCGCGACCCUCAGUGAAACCCCGAAACGCUGCAGGCCCGUGGGCCCCUGGGUGACAAGGCCUGUGCUGUCUCUGAACCACGCUGCUCCGCCCUGAGGCCGGAGGGUCGCCAUCCCGGGAGCAGCCGGCUGCCUCUGACCCCUCACCGACCGUUGGUGCGGAACCUCUGCGGUCCAAGAGCCGGCUGCCCACCAGCGGGCCCUGAGGGGCGAGCGGACUCGGAUUUGCGUGCGAGCCGGUUACGCGUACGAAGUGCCGCGUGUGCGCCACCUCCCCGUGUCACCCUUUGUCCGAAGCCGCGUGGCGGUGACCCAGCCGGCACGUGCGGCACCGCUCACCACCGCGAGCACUGUCUUGUGACGCGUUCCCUUCUCUCCGCCGUCGGAGGGCCUCAUGCGUCCCGGCGGUGUGUGUGUGCCGAGUGUCCUAGGGGGAAGGACGCCGCAUCGGGGUUUGGGUUGGAGACAGAGCAGGAAAGGUGUUCAGUGCAUUCUCAUCACGGAACGUGAAUGAGGAACGGGGCUGCCUCCUGA